AUGAGGGUGAACCAGUUGUUACCGACAUCCGGAACGAUGAUGGCAAGCAUGAGAUCUAUACUCCUUCUCUCGCUUACGCCUCUCACUUCUAAUUUCCGAUUUGAUCUCAAAAUCUACCAAAAUCAAAACUUAAUCUUCAUAAAUUCAACCAAAGCAUCAUACAUCAAAUCCUGUGGGGAGAAGUCUCCACUCUCAAAAAGAAGAAUGGGGACAAAGAAUAUUUGUCUUUUGGUGUUAUGUUUACUGUUUGUGAUAGCAUCAAUUGUGGAUGCUGAUACUUCACCUGUAACAGUGAAGAAGAUAAAGGGGAAAGAAAGUUUUUGGGAUUUCAAGUCUUUUAUUAUCGCCUCAACAAUUUAUCAGCCUCUUGGGUUUGGUACAACUGGUAAUAAGACAACUCAAAUGAAGGAGAUUGCUGCUUUUCUUGCUCAUAUUGGAAGUCAAACUUCAUGUGGAUAUGGAGUGGCAACAGGUGGGCCCACAGCAUGGGGAUUAUGCUACAAUAGAGAAAUGAGCCCUAAUCAAGAUUACUGUGAUGAGAGCUACAAAUACACUUACCCUUGUGCCCCUGGAGCUGAUUAUUAUGGACGUGGCGCUUUGCCCAUCUAUUGGAACUACAACUACGGAUACAUUGGCGACUGCCUACAUGUGGACCUUCUGAACCACCCUGAAUACAUUGAACAAAAUGCCACUUUAGCCUUUCAAGCUGCAAUGUUUCAAUGGAUAACUCCAUUAAAGAAGGGUCAACCAUCAGCCCAUGAUGCCAUGGUUGGCAACUGGAAGCCCACCAAGAACGACACUUUGUCCCACAGGACACCUGGAUUUGGGCUCACCAUGAACAUCCUUUAUGGUGAACGUGUAUGUGGAAAAGGUGACAUUGAUGACAUGAACACCAUUGUUACACAUUACUUGUAUUACCUUGAUUUAAUGGGUAUUGGGAGAGAGGAAGCUGGGGCCCACGAUGUGCUCACUUGUGCUGAUCAGAAAGUGUUCAACCCAUCAGCUCCAAAAAAGGCGGCUUCUAGUCGGGGCUUAGUAGUGUGA